AACCUUUGACUCCACCACCGAUAUUCUUUUCUUUUCUCUUUUCCUCGCAAUUAUCUUUCUUUUAACUCUUUUUCACUUCGAAACUUCUUUAUCCAUUUUUAGUUAGAUAUACCUUUCUCAACAUAAUCAAUCAACUUUCCCUUUUCUUCUUUUUGAUCUUUCUCUUUGUGGGGUUUUUCUCUCUUUCUUAGAUCUCUCUCUCUCUUCACACUUUCUUCUUUCUUGUGUCUUGUGUUUUCUCAAUUUUUCCUUUUUUAUUUUUAAUAUAAUAUAAUAAUAUUUUCUUAAUUAUUUUAUUAUAGAAUUUUUUGUUCACGCAUUCAUAUGCAUGUUCUCUCCAUGCUUGUCUGAUCUGGAUUGGAUCACAAGGAUCUUUGCUAUUUUCCCUUUUUGUUUCUUACUUCAAAGGUUUGUUUGUGCUGUGCUGUGUGGUGUGGUGGGGUUUGUUUCAUUUUUACUAACCUUCAUUUUUUUGGAGUAAUUAAUAAAUAAUCAUUGGACAAACAAAAUCAUCAUUGGAAGAAAGGAACAAAGAUAUAGGUAUAGGUACCCUUUUGUUUGUGCUGUGGAGGGAAAUUGUGAACAAGGGUCUGUUUCAUUUGAUUCAUUUGUUGUGGUUUUGAGUGCUGGUUGGAUUAUUGUACAAGUUUGUGGUGUCCCAAUUGGGAAAAGUUUUGAUUUUUGAAGAGAUUAUGUGUUUGUACUUGUGAUUGUUAGUGUGGAUUGGUGUAAGGUUUAUCUAUCUUUGCAUCUAUCCCUUUUGCUGUUGAGGUAUGGCAGGGAUUGAUGUUGUGAAGUUUGGUCAUAGUCCUGUACAUAAGGCUGUGAUUUUGAAGGAUUAUGUUGAACUUAAGAGGAUACUUGGGGGUUUACCUAAACUGUGUAAUGUGUCUGAGGUUCGUACGGAAGCGAUUUCGAUUUUAGAGGAAGAGAAGGCUGAUGCAAUAUCUGCUGUGAUUGAUAGGAGGGAUGUACCGAAUCGCGAUACACCUCUUCAUUUGGCUGUAAAAUUAGGGGAUGAAGUGGCUGCUGAAAUGCUUAUGGUUGUUGGUGCAGAUUGGAGUUUGCAGAAUGAACAAGGUUGGAGUUCUCUUCAAGAAGCUAUUUGCAGUAGAGAAGAGCGAAUUGCAAAGAUCAUAAUCAAGCAUUAUCAGCCUUUGGCUUGGGCGAAAUGGUGUAGAAGGUUGCCUCGUUUGGUUGCGACUAUGCGAAGGAUGAGAGACUUUUAUAUGGAGAUUACUUUCAAUUUUGAGAGUUCUGUGAUUCCUUUCAUUUCAAGGAUUGCACCUUCGGAUACUUACAAGAUUUGGAAAAGGGGUGCGAAUCUAAGGGCUGACAUGACUUUGGCUGGUUUCGACGGUUUUAGAAUUCAGAGAUCAGAUCAAAGUGUUCUUUUUCUUGGCGAUGGUUCAGAGGAUGGGAAAGUCCAACCUGGUUCACUCUGCAUGAUCUCACACAAAGAAAAGGAGGUACUAAAUGCUCUAGACGAUGCUGCUUUUGCAGCAAAUGAUGAAGAAGUUCAGCAAGAAGUGGCUGCAAUGUCUAAAACAAAUAUAUUUAGGCCCGGUAUUGAUGUUACGCAGGCAGUUCUUUUGCCUCAGUUGACUUGGAGGCGCCAGGAGAAAACAGAAAUGGUAGGGACUUGGAAAGCUAAGGUGUAUGAUAUGCACAAUGUUGUUGUAAGUAUAAAAUCUAGAGGUGUUCCUGGAGCUAUGACAGAUGACGAGUUAUUCUCAUCUUGCAAUGGAAAUGAAACCGAGAGUGAAGAACUUAACGAUAUUUUGACCGAAGAUGAAAGAAGGCAAUUGGAGGAUGCACUUAAGUUGGAUUCGUCUGAACAGAACAAUGAUAGCGAUGAGGGGAUAAUUGGGCAUCACCAAAGCUUUAGGGAUAUUCCUAUUGAAGACGGAAACAGUAUCAAUAAUGGAGAAAAUAAGCAGGAAAAGAAAGGGUGGUUUGGUGGGUGGAGAAAAAAAGAUUCUAAACAUGAAGCAUCGUCGAAGAAGAUUGUGCCACCAAGAAGUUCUCUUUGUGUAGAUGAAAAGGUGAGCGAUUUAUUGGGAGAUUCUCCUUCGAGAAAUCAGAUUAAGCCAGGAAGACAUUCUGUUGAGGUUGUGAGAGGUGAGGAGCUACGGAGGAAAAAAGAUGCCAAAGCUUCUUCUUCUGAUAGCAGCAGAAAUCGUCACAAGGAUGGAAGUCGUGAAAAUGAAUAUAAGAAAGGGUUGAGGCCUAUUCUUUGGCUUUCCCCAAACUUUCCAUUAAAAAUUGAAGAACUAUUGCCAUUGCUUGACAUUGUUGCAAACAAAGUUAAAGCAAUCCGUCGACUAAGAGAACUCCUUACAACAAAACUUCCAAUGGGAACUUUUCCUGUUAAGGUUGCCAUUCCUGUGGUUCCCACCAUCAGAGUACUAGUCACUUUUACAAAAUUUGAAGAACUACAGCCAUUAGAUGAAUUUGCAACGCCGCCUACAAGUCCAUCCGCAUCCGGUGAAGAGAGCCCUGCAGCGACAAAUUUAUCGGCUUCAUCUUGGUUUCAAUGGAUAAAAGCUCCAUACCGUCCUAGUUCAUCUGUGGCAGGUUCCAGCAGUAGUCGGAUAGAAAAUAUUCCAGACCCGUUCGCAAUUCCACCAGAUUAUACUUGGGUUACUGCUGAAGAAAAGAAAAAAAAGAUGCAAGAGAAGAACAAAUCAAAGAAAGGGAAAAGUCAUAAACAAUGAUGAUACCACUUCAUAUUUGUUUGUGGUGAAAGCAUAAAAGGAAUGAAACAUUGUGAUUCUUGCAAUAAUUGUGACUAUGUUUCAAUAUAUAUGUGCAAAACCAUUAACUCAACUAUAGUUGCAAUCACAUUGAACUGUUUCAUCAUCAUGAUUAGAGUUUGAAUUCAUGUGCGUUUGAUUAUAAUAAUUAUAAUGGUUUCCUUUGAUUUUAUUGAUGUUGUAAAUAUAUUGAACACAUUGUUAACUAGCUUUGGGAUUUAUCUGUUUUUUUUUUCUUACAAUA